AUGUCACCCGCCAGGACUCAUUGUGAAGUUGCGUUUAGGCGGCCGCCUGUCGUUAAUCAGCCACCGCGCGCUGCAAUGUCAUUUUAUUAUCAUCCUCUAGGACCUAUGUUCACUGUUUUACAUGGUACUAAUUGCGGAAUCGAGCAUCGUCCCUUAUCAGACGUGGGCCUGAUGCCAUAUUUACUUAUUCGGAAACACAAAGUUUUAUCGGCUUUGCAAUAUCUCGUUCGAUUUAAUCGUCUAUAUCGUGUAUUAAAAUUAACCAGCCGAUGA